GAUCGCAGCAGCCGUAAAACACGUUACUUCUCCUGCGGAAAAGAAUCUAUCUCAUUGAAAGAUCAAACCCUUGUUUCUCCUUCCUUAAUCACAGUCGUAAACCUCCCUUUUUUCUGUUUCUUUCUCCACCAAUCACUUAUGCAAACAUCAAAGAAUCGAGGAUUUGUUUGAUUUUCAUCUCAAUUACUUUCUUGUUAGUUAAAUUUUUCCGAUUUUCCCAAAUUAGGGUUUUGCACAAAAUUAUCAUGUUCAUAAUCUCUUUAUUCUCUCAGCUUCCUUGGGUCACGGCUUCUUCAAUCAUCCUUGUUAACAAUCUUCGUGUUUUUGGUCCUGGAUUGAAUCCUUCUUCUCCAUACAACAUGGCUAAUUACUUCGCUCUUUCUCGCUAAUUUCGGCUUCCUGUUUUUCUUUUGACUUAUUUCACUUUUCAAAGUUUGAUUUGAUUUCGUGUAGUAAUUUGUCGGGAAAAAGAAAUCAUGUAAAGCAGUUGAUAUUGUCAUCUGGAUAUAUCGAUUUUCGAUCAUUGGUUUUUUUUCUUGAUUGAUUGAAAGUGAGUUUCUGAGUUAUAAGGAGAAAAAGGUCUGUUUUAGGGUUUCUUAUUUGGCGGUUUAUUUCCGGAGUACAGGGGAUUCUGCUUUUGAAGGGUAAUAGUAAUUAGUGAUCAUGCUAAUUACACCUCAAGGGGAGCAGCUGGUGUUGUCCGGGCGACGGCUGUCGAGGAAGCGGUCGCUGAGGUCGACAUUGGAUACUGAUGAUAGGGGUUGGACUCCGCUCCACAUCAAUGCUCGGAAGGGCAACGUUAAGGAGGUUAAACGGUUGCUCAAUGAGGGUAUGGAUGCAAAUGUGGCUGCCUGGGGUACCAAAUUAAAUGGGGUGACGCCUCUUCACCUCGCUGCUGAAGGAGGCCAUCUCAAAGUCAUGGAUGUGCUGCUUGAGCGGGGUGCCAAUAUUGACGCCAGAACUAAGGGUCCCUGUCGAUGGACUCCCCUCCAUUUAGCUGCUAAAGAAAGGAAUAGGGAAGCAGUUAAAUUUCUGGUUGAGAAUGGUGCUUUCCUGCCACCUGAUAUCAAUGACAGCCGAUUCAACCCACCAGUUCACUAUUGCCCGGGACUUGAAUGGGCUUAUGAAGAGCUCAAGCGUUUGGAAGAAGGCUUAUCAUCUUCUGGAGAGACAUCAUAUAGCUCAGAAAACUGAAGCUCCCUCCCACUUUUAUUCUUGUCACCCUUGUUUAGCUUUUUAGCCUGUCUUUAGGUCUAUUAUAUGCUGGCGCCUGGCAGUGAUGAUUGUAACUUGCUAUGCUAUGCGAUGCUGUACUGUGCUAUGCUAUCUGGUGUGCUAUAUAUGUCAGUCUGUUAAGCUCGAUGCUUUGGUUGUAAGUUGUGACAAUAAUAGUCUUCGUGUCAUGCUUUAAAAUUUGUUGCUGGUGUGUGUUAUUUGUAUGUUUAUGAAAUAAAUACGAACUUUAUGUGGAAUAAAUAUCUGAUGAUUUCGUUAUA